AUGUAUCCCAAUCCCGAACGCACACACCACCUCACAUCCCCCUUCACCCCCACCCCCCUCACCCUCCCACCCAACACCCCGGGAUACCCCUUCUCUUCUCCCGGUCUUCUAAUCUGGGACCUCCAAGAAAUCGCCGCCAACAACUGCGCAGAAGCCAUCAAGCAGUUCAACAAUACCCACUACAAGGCUCUGCUCUUUGGUUCGGGCGGGCGCGGCUGGGGCAAGGUUGGUGCUGGAGGAGGGGCAGGCAAGACGAAGGAAGAGUCGCAGGAAGAGCUUCUGCUGCUCUUGUCCAAGCAUGUCAAUGCUCUGGGUCAUAGUGCGGCGCGCAACGGGGUCGGAAUGUCGUGUGUCUGCUGGAUCACCGAGCUCUAUGCAUAUAUCGCUGAGAUCCUCUGCGGAUCCGUCAAUCUCUACCUCGCCCCCGGAUCUCCCUUACCACAAUUCAUCCUCGUCCGCCUCGCCGAGCUCGUCCACGAGGGAGAAGCUAUCCUGAAUGGGCUUGAGGAGAUCAACUUUGCAGCCCUGAAACCUCGAGGACUCGACGAGGACUGGAAAGCGGUCGAUAUCGAGCCAAAGCUCGUGUACCUCAUCAGGAAACUGGGAAGCUUGGCUCAUCACUGGGGCUCCGCCUCUGAACAGUCAUCCCAGCCGCCUAAAGAAGACGACGUCCUCUACGCGUGGGAGGUCGAGAUCACCGGUCGAUGGGACUCUGAGACCGACUAUGCGCAUACGCAGCAGAAGGACUUGAUCGCGCAGGAAGAGGCCGAGAAGAAGGAGCGAGAGGCGAAAGAAGCGGAGGAGAAGAGAGAACGCGAGGCGAAAGAGGCGGAGAACAAGAGGGAGCAAGAGGCGAAAAAAGCGCAGGACAAACAGGAACGGGAGGGGCAAGAAGCAGAGAAGAAGAAAGAGACUGAGGCGGCGGAGGCGGAAGAGAGAGAGAGGGCGGAGGAGCAUGAGGCCGUCGACGCGGAAGAAGCAGAGAGGAGGAGGCAAGCGUCGUUGAAGACACAAGUCAGAGACGAGCCAGUCGUAGCCGAGGGGAGUGGGUCAGGAUCGGCUGCGCCAGCACAAGUGACCAAGCCACAUGUUGUAGCGAAACCUCACCACUUGUCUUCGUCAGCGGCAGCAGGAGUCAAAAAGCAGAAGAGUGACGCGUCUUCGCAGAGGAAGAAGGGCACUAAGGCGAAGAAGGAGGUCGGGUCUGCGUGCUGUUGUCAGUGA